CCAUAACCGUAACCACAUCCUGCCAGCCGUUUAAUACCAUACUCAAAUACGAACCGAAACUGCCUUCACAUAAGUACCUAAACCACACCUAAGUAGCUGCCAAAAACCAAAAAUCCCAGAUAGUCCGUAACCCCCGUUCCCCGGAGAAGAGAUGAUGGGAUCGCCGGGAACCAAAGCGCCCGCGAUCGCGACCUCGGUCGGAAUCGGAAGUGGGCGAAGCGGUCACACGGGGUCGCUGCUCCUGCGCCUCCUGGCCGUGAUGUUCGUCCUUAACGCCUGCCACGUACCGCUGACAAAUGCAAAGCAACUUAAGAACAUCAAUGAUGACCUGGACUUUGUACUGGCGGACGACCAGUCGGUGCAGAACCUCAAGGAGUCCGAUUGGUCGGCGACAAGGGACAACGACAACGAUGACGACUCCUUCCUGGACACCGCUGACCUCCUGCUGCCCGCCGAAAAGGACGAGCUGGAGGAUGCGGACGAGGAGGAGGACGAUGCGCCCGAAGCAAACUGGUACCACCGCGUCCGCCGCUCCAUCAGCAAAUUCUUUGGCGCCGAGGGCGGAAAGAAGCGUGAGAAGCAGCGCGAUCGCCGCACAAUCGGCGAUAAAGUAACGCAGCGUCGCAAGAGGAAGGAGAAGCGCGAGCAGCAGAAGCAAUUGCAAAAGAAGAGCCAGCUGGAGCAACAGCGUCUGGCCAAGCGGACCGACGCCGUGGUUUUCAAUCGCCAAUCCGAUCAGCGCAAGCGGGCCUCCGAUCUCUACGACGAGAACGAGGCAUCCGGAUACCGUGAGGAGGAGUCUGUUCUCUAUCGCACCCACUUCCUGGUCAAUGAGCCCUACUCCAAUGACCUCGAAAAUCGGGACAGUGAGCACUUCCAAACCCUGCAAAAGUCUCUGGACGAUGACCUGCGCAGUUUCUUCCAUCGCACCUACGACGGCAACGAUGAUGAAGAGCAGGAGAUCCACAGCACUCUGGAGCGAGUUGAACCCACCGAUGACAACUUCCAAGUUCGUGUGCAGCUCAGAAUUGAGAUUCCCACUUCUAUCCGCAACUUUGGAAACAAUUUGGAGCAGCAGUUGAAGACCUACAAUCGAAUUGAUCGUGUAGGCGCCACUGCCGAAAACGGAUUUUCCUUCGCCGAAUCGAGUGUCCCGAAGGACAUUGGUGGCCCUGUGGAUCCCAAUUCGAGAAACUCGCCGAAUGAGUUUGGCCCAACAACCGAACGAAAAGAUUCCUAUGACGAUCCGACCGAUAUUAAUUUCGAUCCCAAGGACCAAGUGGAGGGCUCCGGCAGCGACGGUCCCACCUGUCGCGGAGAUGCCACAUUCACCUGUCGCCACAGCGGAACUCGCAUUUGCGAUGAGAUGCAAUGCGACGGCGAGGCCCAGUGUCCCCAUGGCGAGGACGAGGAGAACUGCCCCUAUGCACCGCUUUGCACCGAAGAUCAGUUCAAGUGCGACGAUAAAUGCCUGCCACUCAGCAAGCGCUGCGACAGGCAAAUCGAUUGCCAGGAUCAGACCGACGAGGCUGGCUGUGUUCAGCCGCCCACUCCAGAGCCGGAAUACAGGCCAGAGCCAGAUGAGGGUGAUGAUGCAUCACCUCGAACUGAAGAUCGUCCAGAACCGGAACCAGAACCUGAACCUGAACCUGAACCAGAACCAGAACCAGAGCCUGAACCAGAGCCUGAACCUGAACCUGAACCUGAACCAGAACCAGAACCAGAACCAGAUUUUCAGGAAUGCUCGGCCACCGAAUUCAGAUGCAACAAUGGAGACUGCAUCGAUGCCAGGAGGCGUUGCGACAACAUUUCGGAUUGUAGCGAGGGCGAGGAUGAGAGCGAGGACUGCCCCGCCGCCUGCAGCGGCAUGGAGUAUCAGUGUCGCGACGGCACGCGCUGCAUCAAUAUAAGUCAGCACUGCGACGGGCACUCCGAUUGCAGCGACGGUGACGACGAAGAGCAUUGCGACGGCAGUGGCUACGAUGAUGGGGAUUGUCGAUUCGAUGAGUUCCGUUGCGGAACCGGUGAGUGCAUACCGAUGCGUCAGGUGUGCGAUAACAUUUACGAUUGCAACGAUUAUACCGACGAGUCCAACUGCGCCGACGGCGAAGAGGAGGAUAGUGUGGGCAUACCAAUUGGCCACCACCGCCCGCAGAGGCCGUCCGAUCUCGACCAUCAACUGCACGAAAUGGACAUCUACGAUUACCAGGUGUAUCGGCCAACUAACGUUUACGAGAAGGCCAAUUCUCAGAAUCCCUGUGCCCACAAUCAGUUCCGUUGCACCAUCUCCAAUGUUUGCAUUCCGCUGCAUUUGCGUUGCGAUGGCUACUAUCACUGCAACGAUAUGAGCGACGAACAGGCCUGCGAGCGGUAUGAGCGACCCACCACGACCCGACGGCCCUUGACCUUGGCCACGAGCCCCCGAACCACCGAGGGGCCCGGUUUGCAGAUACUCAGAAACACCACCAGAACCACCGCCGGCAGCAGCAGAACCACCGAAUCACCAAUAUGGCGAUGGCCAACGAGACCACAAACCACUGCCGAGACCACUACCACUAACCCAAUAACAACAGUUGGAGUAGAGAAUCUCCAUGGAAGAUUGAAUAAGACUCGUUUGGGGUUCGAGUGCCUGGGAAGCCAGUACCAAUGUGGCGACGGAAGCUGCAUCUCCGGCUACAAGCGCUGCAACGGCAUCAUUGAUUGCGCCGAUGGCGCCGACGAAUAUAACUGCAUCUUCAACUACGUCGAUCCCAAUUACGACUCCGACUCGGACAACAAUCCACUGAAUGAAUGUGAUAUACUUGAGUUUGAAUGUGACUACAGUCAGUGUUUGCCGAUAGAGAAGAAGUGCGAUGGCUAUGCAGACUGUGAAGACGAGAGCGACGAGCUAGAGUGUCCGUACACAGAGCAUUGUUUAGAGUCCGAGUUCGAGUGCGAUGGCUACUGCCUGCCCCGAGAUCAGUUGUGUAACGGCAUUACCAACUGCCAAGAUGGCAGCGACGAGCGCAACUGUACCUUUUGCCGAGAAGACGCCUACCUCUGCAACACCGGCGAGUGUGUGGCCGAUAAUCAGAGGUGCAACGGCAUUGCCGAUUGCGGCGACGGCAGCGACGAGCGUCACUGCGAGACCAACAACCACUUCCCCAUACCGAAUGUGAAUGUUGUUGUCGAACAACCGAGUCCUAGACCCAGACCACAAUCCUGCCAACCAAACGAGUGGCAAUGCGCGAACCUCGAGUGCAUCGAACUCAGUUCGAGGUGCAAUAAUUAUAACGAUUGCUCGGAUGGAUCCGAUGAGGAGCUCAGCGUUUGCUUCGGCACGGCCACCACUCGACUCAAGUCCAGUGACUGCAGUCCGGAUCAGUUCUUCUGCGACGAUUCGUGCUACAAUCGCUCGGUGAGAUGCAAUGGGCACAAGGACUGCUCCGAUGGCAGUGACGAGGUGGGCUGCUCCAUCAAAUCACUGCCAUGUCCACAGCACCAGUGCCCCAGUGGAAGGUGUUACUCGGAGAGUGAGCGAUGCGAUCGCCACAAGCACUGCGAGGAUGGCUCCGAUGAGACCAACUGCUGUUCCCCGAGUCAAUUCCGUUGCAAUAAUGGCGAGUGUGUUUCCGGAUUGGCUCCCUGCGACGGACAUCCCCAGUGCAGCGACUAUUCCGAUGAACUCAACUGUGGCGGAGCCCACGAGUGUCUGCCAAAUCAGUUCCGCUGCAACAAUGGUCAGUGUAUAAGCUCUGCGGCGCGUUGCAACGGACGAACUGAUUGCCAUGACAGUUCCGAUGAACAGAAUUGUGGUGUUCAGUCGAACAGCCCUGAACGUGGAUCGACCCAAUUGAAUCUCAAGACUUAUCCCGACAGUCAGAUUAUCAAGGAGAGUCGCGAGGUCAUCUUCCGCUGCCGUGACGAAGGUCCCGCCCGCGCCAAGGUCAAGUGGUCUCGUCCCGGCGGACAACCUCUGCCCCCCGGCUUCAGCGACCGCAAUGGCCGUCUGGAGAUUCCUAACAUUCGGAUUGAGGAUGCUGGCACUUAUGUCUGCGAGGCUGUCGGUUAUGCCAACUACAUUCCUGGCCAACAGGUCACCGUAAACCUCAACGUCGAGCGCUAUCACGACGUGGCUGCCCGUCCCGAAUCAGCCUGCUCGGAAUACCAGGCGACCUGCAUGAACGGCGAGUGCAUUGACAAGUCGGCCAUUUGCGACGGCUCCCCGGAUUGUUCCGAUGGAUCCGAUGAGCAGAGCUGCAGCUUGGGUCUGAAGUGCCAGCCCAACCAGUUCAUGUGCGCCAACUCCAAGUGCGUGGACCGCACCUGGCGAUGUGACGGCGAGAACGACUGCGGCGACAACUCCGACGAGACCUCCUGUGAUCCGGAACCGAGUGGCGCGCCCUGCCGAUACAAUGAGUUCCAGUGCCGCAGCGGCCAUUGCAUUCCCAAGAGCUUCCAGUGCGACGAUGUGCCUGAUUGUACGGACGGAACCGAUGAAGUUGGAUGCAUGGCGCCUAUUCCGAUCCGUCGGCCACCGCAAUCGAUUGCCCUGCAGGUGCACGAAGUGCUCGAGCUGACCUGCGUGGCCACCGGAACCCCGACGCCGAUGAUCGUGUGGCGCUUGAACUGGGGCCAUGUGCCCGAGAAGUGCGAGUCGAAGAGCUACGGCGGCACCGGCACUCUUCGCUGUCCGGACAUGAAGCCAGAGGACAGUGGAGCCUACUCGUGCGAGAUCAUCAACACCCGCGGCACCCACUUCGUCAGCCCGGACACCAUUGUCACGGUGACCCCCAUCAAUAGCCAGGUGUGCCAUGCCGGCUUCUUCAAUAUGCUGGCUCGCAAGGCGGACGAGUGCGUCAAGUGCUUCUGCUUCGGGGUGGCCAACUCCUGCGACAGUGCCAAUCUCUUCACGUACGCCAUCCAGCCCCCCAUCCUUUCGCACCGUGUUGUGAGCGUGGAACUGAGUCCCUACAGCCAGAUCGUCAUCAAUGAGCCGACUCCCGGUCACGAACUGCUCAGGCUGCACCAUGGCGUUCAGUUCAGGGCUUCGAACGUUCACUUUGGAGGUCGGGAAACGCCAUACUUGGCGUUGCCGGCUGAGUAUAUGGGCAACCAGCUGAAGUCCUACGGCGGAAACCUGCGCUACGAGGUCAGCUACACGGGCAGUGGAAGACCCGUCAACGGACCCGACGUCAUCAUCACCGGAAACCGUUUCACCCUCACCCAUCGCGUUCGCAUUCAACCGGAUCAGAACAACAGGGUGAACAUUCCGUUCCUGCCGGGCGGAUGGGUCAAGCCCGAUGGUCGCAAGGCCUCGCGCGAGGAGAUCAUGAUGAUACUGGCAAAUGUGGACAACAUCCUCAUUCGACUGGGCUAUCUGGACAGCACGGCCCGCGAAGUGAAGCUUAUCAAUAUCGCUUUGGACUCGGCUGGCACUGCGAACCUCGGCUUGGGCAGUGCCUCGCUCGUGGAGAAGUGCACGUGUCCGCCCGGCUAUGUGGGUGACUCGUGCGAGUCCUGUGCCCCUGGCUUUGUGCGACAGCCGGCCGGUCCCUGGUUGGGUCACUGUGUGCCCUUCAUCCCCGAACCUUGUCCUUCGGGAACCUACGGAGACCCGCGACGCGGUCUGCCCUGCAAGGAGUGUCCGUGCCCCCAGACGGGCAGCAACAACUUCGCCAGCGGCUGCCAACAGAACCCCGACGGCGAUGUGGUCUGCAGAUGCAAUGAGGGCUACGCGGGCAGGCGGUGCGAGUACUGCGCAGAUGGCUACCAUGGCAAUCCCCUGGCGCCGGGCGGUGGAUGUGUCCCAAUACCCGACACGUCUUGCAACGUGGAUGGCACCUACUCGGUGCACAAGAAUGGAACCUGCCAGUGCAAGAACAGCGUCAUUGGCGAAAAAUGCGACACGUGUGCGGCAAAGAGUUUCCACCUCAACUCGUUCACUUACACCGGCUGCAUUGAGUGUUUCUGCAGCGGAUUAAAUGUGGACUGUGAUAGUAGUACGUGGUAUCGCAACCAGGUCACCAGCACCUUUGGACGUUCACGCGUUGAUCAUGGCUUCGCUUUGGUUAAUGGCUACUAUGAUGCCACCCCGCAGACCAUAUCCGUAUCGAUGGAAAAAGUGCCCAAUACGUUGAGCUUCACAGGAUCAGCGGACCAUGCGGGAGACACGCUCUACUGGAGCUUGCCACCCGCUUUCCUUGGCAACAAACUGACCUCGUACGGAGGAAAACUGACCUACACUCUGAGCUACAGCCCCCUGCCGGGUGGCAUAAUGUCGCGGAACAGCGCACCGGAUGUGGUGAUCAAGAGUGGCGAAGAUGUGAAGCUCAUCCACUACAGGAAGUCGCACGUUAACCCCAGCGUACCCAAUACCUAUUCGGUGGAGAUCAACGAGAACGCCUGGCAGCGCGAGGACUCAAACAUUGUCAACCGUGAGCACGUUCUGAUGGCCCUCAGCGAUGUUACGGCCAUCUACAUUAAGGCCACUUACACCACCAGCACCAAGGAGGCCAGUCUGCGCCAGGUGACUUUGGAUACGGCCAUUGACUCGAAUCUGGGCACUGCACGCGCCGUCGAGGUGGAGCAGUGCCGCUGCUCCGAGGGUUACUUGGGACUCUCUUGCGAGCAGUGUGCUCCAGGCUACUACCGCGAUCCAGAGAGUGGAAUCUACCUGGGAUUCUGUCUGCCCUGCGAAUGCAAUGGACACUCGAAUCAGUGCAAUAGCGAAACCGGCGAGUGCCUGAGCUGUGAUGACAACACCGACGGACCCAAUUGUGAGGUAUGCGCCCCUGGCUACACGGGAGAUGCCACCCGCGGAAGUCCGUACGACUGCCUACCUUCCAACCAGCCGCCGCGUCCGCCACCACCGGGCAAUCAGACUGCAGAGUGCAGCGUCUACUGCUACCCGGAGGGAACUAUCAACUGCCGCGACGACUAUUGCGAGUGCAAGACGAAUGUUGUUGGCGACCGAUGCGAUCAGUGCCGCGACGGAACCUACGGACUGUCCGGUCAGAAUGCGGCCGGCUGCAAGGAGUGCUAUUGCUCCGGAUUGUCGAGCCAGUGCCAUUCGGCGGCUCUCUACCGCCAGCUCAUUCCCGUGGACUUCAUUUCCAACCCUCCACUGAUCACAAACGAAAACGGAGACAUUGAGACCACGGAGGACCUGGUUAACGACAUCCCCAGAAACAUGUUCACCUACACGCACACCACCUACCUGCCGAAAUACUGGAGUCUGAGGGGCAGCGUGCUGGGCAACCAGCUGCUCUCGUACGGCGGCCUUCUGCAGUACACCCUUGUGGUCGAGUCGUACGGCAGCUAUCAACCCGGUCAGGAUGUGGUGCUGAUUGGCAACGGGCUGAAGCUCAUCUGGUCUCGACCCGACGGACGUGACGAUCUGGAGGAGUAUAGCGUGCGACUCCACGAAGACGAACACUGGCAGAGAAUAGAUCGCGGAUCAUCGCGACAGGCCAGCCGGUCUGACUUCAUGACUGUCCUGACGGAUCUCCAGCACAUCCUUAUCCGAGCCACGCCCUCGGUGCCCACGCAGAAGACGUCGAUCGGCAACGUGAUCCUGGAGAGUGCGGUGACCGUAAGGACGCCCGGAGCUACGCAUGCCGUCGAUCUCGAGGUGUGCCAGUGCCCAGCCGGCUACACGGGCAACUCCUGCGAGACCUGCGCCCCACUCUACUACCGCAAUGCCAGCGGCUCCUGCAGCCAGUGCCCAUGCGAGGCAUCCAACACCGAAUCAUGCGGUCUGGUCAGCGGCGGCUAUGUCCAGUGUCGGUGCAAGCCGCGCUGGAAGGGAGAUCGCUGUCGCGAAAUUGAAACUUACGAACCAAUCAUCCCAACUACCGAGGACCCAGUGCGCACCCAAAUCAUCGUGUCGAUCGAAAAGCCGGAGAUCACAAUUGUGCCCGUGGGCGGAUCACUGACCCUCAGCUGUAGCGGUCGAAUGCGCUGGAGCGAUGCCCCAGUCAUCGUUAACUGGUACAAGGAGAACAGUCAGCUGCCCGACAACAAUCAAAUUCAAGGCGGCGAACUGCACCUGUACAACCUGCAGAUCAGCGACUCCGGUGUCUACACUUGCCAGGCCGUCAACAACGAGACCGCUCGCGUCUUCAAGGACCAUGUCUCGAUCACCAUAUCACAGGAUGGCCAGCGCUCUCCGGCUCAGAUAGUCAAUUUGCCGAACCACGUGACCUUCGAGGAGUACCAGCCCAAUGAGAUUGUUUGCGAGGUGGUCGGCAACCCACCGCCCACCGUCACCUGGACUCGGGUGGACGGCCAGGCGGAUGCCCAGAGUACACGAACCUACAACAACCGCAUCAUCUUUGAUUCGCCGAGGAAGUCGGAUGAGGGCCGCUACCGCUGCCAGGCAGAGAAUGGUCUGAAUCGGGACGAGAGCCAUGUGGUCGUCUAUGUCCAGAGUAGCCACCCCACGCCGCCGCCUCCGCGGGAUCGUUUGUACAUCCAGCCGGAGGAGGUUAACGCCUACGAAGGCGACAACUUCCGUCUAUCCUGCCAGUUCACAAGUGUUGCCUCUCUGCGCUACGAUUGGACCCGCAACGGUUACCCACUGUCGUCGACCGCCUCCCGCAACGUCUAUGUCAUUGACAAUUCCGUGGAGGUGCAGGACGCCAGUGCCCGCGACUCCGGAACAUACACCUGUGUGGCCUACGAUCCCCGCACCCAUCGCAACUACACCGAGAACGCCCGUGUCUACAUCGAAAGGCGCGAACCAUCAAACGGCGCCAAGCCGCAGAUCGUGCCGCUGGAGGAGCAGAUCAACAUUGACCAGGGCCAGGACUACAGCAUCACCUGCGAGGCCAGUGGAACUCCGCAUCCCUCGAUCAAGUGGGCCAAGGUGCACGACCAACUGGCCGACAAUGUGCGCAUCAGCGGCAACGUGCUGACCAUCUACAGCGCCCGGCAAGAGAACCGCGGCGCCUACUCCUGCUUCGCCCAGAACUCCCACGGAUCGGACCAGUCCAGCACGAAUAUCGAUAUUGAGCCCCGGGAGCGGCCGAGCGUUAAGAUCGAACCGCCGCUCCAGCAAACAGUUGUGGUGGGCGCUCAGGGAUCCCUGUACUGCACCGCUCAGGGCAUUCCCGAACCGAGCGUGGAGUGGGUUCGAGUGGACGGCCAACCGCUGUCGCCGCGUCACAAGAUCGAUUACCCCGGCUACCUCCUGAUCGAUGAUAUUGUGGUUGCCGACGCCGGCGAUUACGAGUGUCGAGCAAAGAACAUGUUGGGCGAGGCCAGUGCCGUGGCCUCCAUUUCCGUUCAGGAGCCAACCAUUGUGCAGGUGAUGCCCAACAAGAACACGAUUAGCCUCACGGAGGGCGACGAACUCUCGCUGGAAUGCGUCGGCAGUGGAGUCCCCACUCCGUCCGUCGAAUGGAGCCAACCCAAUGAGCGUUCGGGAUAUCGGCCAUCGGCAUUCGGCGAUUCGGGAAUAAGCAACACGGCCGUGGUGAAGAUCUACCGCGUCACCCAGGCGGAUGCGGGUAUCUACACCUGCUCUGGCUACAAUGAGGCUGGAAAUGAUGUGUUCCACGUGCGCGUGGACGUGCAGCCCAAGAGGGGUGACAUCGGAGCAGAUUCCGACGUGGAAACCGAUCCCAGGCUGCCCUACUCCCCCACGCAGCGACCCUAUAGCCCGCCAUCCGGCAACAAUGAGCGCCUGUCCACCGAGUUUGGCGCCAACGUGACCCUGACCUGCGAGAUCAACCACCACUUGACCGCUCAGUGGCAGCGCGUGGAUGGAGCGCCCUUGCCGCCAAACGCCUACAUCAGGAGGAACAGUCUGGUGAUUGUGUACGUGGAGGAGCAGAACCUGGGUCAGUACCGCUGCAAUGGACUCGAUCGCGACGGCAAUGUGGCCGCUUAUGUGAUUAGGGAGCUUGUCCAAUUGCCCCUGCCGAGGAUCACCUUCUAUCCCAGCAUUCCCCUGAAGACGAAGGCCGGCCAGAACUAUGAUCUCGACUGUCAGGUGGAGAACGUCCGUCCCGAGGAUGUGCAUUGGACCACCGAUAAUAACCGACCACUGCCCAGCUCGGUUCACAUCGAGGGCUCUCUCCUUCGCUUCGAGUCCAUCACCCCGGCGGCUGCCGGUGGAUACCGAUGCUCCGCCUCCAACGCGUAUGGAAACCGAUCCGAGACCGCAAUGGUGUUGGUGACCACCGGGCCAUACCAGCCAGUUCCGCAGUCCCAGGUGCAGAGGCACCGCGAGGGCGAGAGCAUUCAGCUGAAGUGUAGUUUGACCACCCAAUACGGCGGCGAGGUGCAAGGCGAUAUCCAGUUCGAUUGGUACCGUGAGGAUGGCACCGCUCUGCCGAACAACGCCCGCUCAAACAGUCCGGUGCUGGUGCUGACCAAAUUGCGACCGGAAGACGAGGGCCGCUACAUUUGCAAAUCGUACGAUCUGGUCAGAAGGCAGUACCUGGUUCCAGUCUCCAUCGAUUUGCAAGUACUAACGGCGACCCCGCCCCCCUACAACCCCGCCUACCUGCCGCCGCCGUUGCCAACGACGCCCCCACAAUCGCCGGAAAGGAAUCGCGACUACAGCCUGAAACUGGACCAGCAAUCGUCGAACCUGCGGGUGGGCGAGUCCACCGAGGUCGAGUGCCAGUCCUCCGACGACACCUACACGGAUGUCGUGUGGGAACGGGCCGAUGGAAGUCCACUCAGCGACCAUGUCCGGCAAGUGGGCAACAGCCUGGUCUUCAGUGACGUGGAACUGAUCGAUGCCGGUAACUAUGUAUGCAAGUGCAAGACGGACGAGGGAGAUCUCUACACCACCAGCUAUGAACUUGAGGUGGAAGACAAGCCCCAUGAACUGAAGAGCUCCAAGAUAGUCUACGCCAAGGUGGGCGGUAAUGCCCAGUUGCAGUGUGGAGCCGAUGAAUCCAGAGAGCCCACACACCGCUGGUCUCGCCAAUAUGGACAGCUUCAAGCGGGUCGCAGUCAACUCAAUGAGAAGCUUUUACUGGACAACGUGCAGGCAAAUGACGCCGGAACCUACAUCUGUACAGCCGUAUACGCCGACGGCGAGACGGCCGACUUCCCCAGUAUUUUGGUCGUAACGGGGGCGAUUCCCCAGUUCCGGCAGGAACCACGCAGCUACAUGAGCUUCCCCACGCUUCCGAACUCCUCGUACAAGUUCAACUUUGAGCUCACAUUCCGCCCGGAAAAUGGCGACGGGUUGUUGCUUUUCAAUGGCCAAACACGCGGAACCGGUGACUAUAUCGCAUUGUCGCUUAAGGAUCGCUACGCGGAGUUCCGCUUCGAUUUUGGUGGUAAGCCAUUGUUGGUGCGAGCAGAGGAACCGCUGGCACUGAAUGAGUGGCACACCGUUCGGGUGAGCCGCUCCAGGAGGGACGGAUACAUCCAGGUGGACGAACAGCAUCCGGUGGCCUUCCCCGCUCUUCAGCAGCUGCCUCAACUUGAUUUGAUUGAGGACCUGUACAUUGGCGGAGUGCCCAACUGGGAGCUCCUGCCCGCCGAAGCGGUUAGUCAGCAGUUGGGCUUCGUCGGCUGCAUCAGCCGAUUGACCCUGCAGGGACGCACCGUGGAGCUGAUCCGCGAGGCCAAGUUCAAGGAGGGCAUCACCGACUGCCGGCCCUGCACCCAAGGCCCCUGCCAGAACGACGGCGUGUGCCUGGAAAGCCAGACGGAGCAGGCGUACACCUGCAUCUGCCAGCCGGGAUGGACGGGACGCGAUUGUGCCAUCCAAGGUAACCAGUGCACGGCAGGAGUGUGCGGCGCCGGAAGGUGUGAGAAUACGGAGAGUGACAUGGAGUGCCUGUGUCCGCUGAACCGAACUGGCGACCGAUGCCAGUACAUCGAGCAUUUGAGCGAACACAGCCUGAACUUCAAGGAGAACAGCUUCGCCGCUUACCAAACUCCGAAACUGACCAAAGUGAACAUCACGCUCUCCUUGCGUCCCACGAGUUUGCAGGACUCAGUGAUUCUGUACACAGCGGAAUCCAGUUUGCCCAGCGGCGAUUAUUUGGCUCUGGUACUCCGUGGUGGGCACGUUGAGCUGCUCAUCAAUACGGCCGCCCGUUUGGAUCCAGUUGUGGUGCGAUCUGCGGAGCCACUGCCUCUGAACCGCUGGACAAGGGUCGAGAUUAGGCGGCGAUUGGGCGAGGGAAUCCUGCGGGUGGGCGAUGGACCAGAGCGAAAGGCCAAGACGCCGGGACAAGAUCGCAUUUUAUCCCUGAAGACGCCGCUCUUCGUGGGCGGAUACGAUCGUUCAACGGUCAAGAUCAACCGAGAUGUGAACAUCACCAAGGGCUUCGAUGGUUGCAUAUCCAGGCUCUACAGUUCCCAGAAGGCUGUGCAACUGUUGGCGGACAUCAAGGAUGCGGCCAACAUCCAGAAUUGUGGGGAAACCAAUGAGAUAGGAGCCGAUGAAGACAACGACACUGAGCCACAAAUCCCGCUCCCAUCCUCAGAGGCUCAUGAGGAUGAGCUGCAGCCAUACGUGUUCGCUCCUUGUGCCAGCGAUCCCUGCGAGAACGGAGGCAGCUGCAGCGAACAGGAGGGCGAGGCCAUCUGCGCCUGUCUCUUUGGCUUCAGUGGCAGAUACUGCCAGGAGCACAUCCAACUGGGAUUUAAUGCCUCGUUCCACGGCGAUGGGUACGUCGAGCUGAAUCGCACCCACUUCCAUCCUGAAUUGGAGCAGUCGUACAGCUCCAUCGGCAUUGUGUUCACCACCACCAAGGCGAACGGCCUGCUGUUCUGGUGGGGCCAAGAGGCCGGAGUGGAGUACACCGGACAGGACUUCAUCGCUGCCGCCGUCGUUGAUGGCUAUGUGGAGUACUCGAUGAGGCUCGAUGGCGAGGAGGCUGUCAUCCGGAAUAGCGAUACCCGCGUGGACAACGGAGAACGACACAUUGUGAUCGCCAAGCGGGUGGACAACACCGCCAUUCUGGAGGUCGAUCGUAUGCUGCACUCGGGUGAGACCCGUCCAACCAGCCAGAAGACCAUGAAGCUGCCCGGCAAUGUGUUCGUCGGUGGCGUUCCCAAUAUUGCUUUGUUCACGGGUAACCGCUACAAUUAUAACUUUAAUGGCUGCAUUGUGGUCGUCGAAGGCGAAACCGUGGGCCAAAUCAACCUUAGUUCAGCUGCCAUUAAUGGAGUGAAUGUCAACGUGUGUCCCGCUAACGACGAACCCUUGGGUGGAACCGAGCCGCCAGUCGUAUGAGGAUACAACCAGCAACCGAAAUUAGCUUUUUAAUUAACCAUUACAAAAGAAACAAAAACAAAAUUUUUAUAUACAUAUACAACAUAUGCAUAAGCCCCAAGCAAAACCACAAAAAAAUUUGAAUAUUAUAUGGAAAGCAGAUAAUGUGAAAACAAAAAAAGAAAGAGAGAAACGAUCACUUCUACUACAAUUGCUUCUUUGAUCCUUAAGCCUAGGUUAAAGAUUGUAACAAGAGAAAAGCAAAUAUCACAAACAUUUAUUUAACAAAAACGCCAUGCGAGAAGUGAAACGAAACAGAAACAAUAAUGCAAGUAAUGCAAAUAGUAAAGAUAAUACAGAUAAAGCCUAGAACCCUAAGAACUAACUAACUAACUCGAGCAACAACAACGCAUACUAGCCAACUGCAACCACAACAACCACAAUAGUGAAGGAAUUUUAAAUACUAUUUUAUUUCCUAGCCUAAAACUAUGAAUAUGGUAUGAGUCGUUUUUUGUAAACCCAGUGUUUAAUGUUGGAAAUCGGAAAUCGGAAAUUGGCCCUGCACACACACUCAAACACACAAGUUAUUAAAUAAAUACCAAUUGAUAUCAUAUUUACGAUAAAUGAAAUACUAUGAAUGCAACUAUUGUGAACGAACGAAACCCGUCGAGUGGAUAAAAAACAAAAGCAGAAGAUAUAUAUUAAAAUGAAAUCAAGAAUA